GCAGUUAAAAACAGUAUCGAAGACACUGACAGAGGAGCAUUGUGAGAUAUGUCUCCUUCACGAUGUGUUGUUGGUCUUCUGGAACAAUGCUCAAGCAUGAGAGAGAUGAAGCAAAUCCACGGCCACGCCAUCACCCACGGCCUCGCUCGAUUCGCCUUCAUCUCAAGCAAACUCCUAUCCUUCUACGCCCGCAGCGAUCUCCGCUACGCCCACACUCUCUUCUCUCACAUCCCUUUCCCCAACCUCUUCGACUACAACACCAUCAUAACCGCUUUCUCCCCCCAUUAUUCCUCCCUCUUCUUCAUCCAGAUGCUAAACGCCGCCGUUUCCCCCAACUCCCGCACCUUCUCCCUCCUCCUCUCCAAAUCCUCUCCCUCUCUCCCCUUCCUCCAUCAGCUCCACUCCCACAUCAUCAGACGCGGCCACGUCUCCGACUUCUACGUCAUCACCUCCCUCCUCGCCGCAUACUCCAACCACGGUUCCACACGCGCUGCCCGCCGCCUGUUCGACCAAAGUCCUUACAAAAACGUCGCAUGCUGGACAAGCCUCGUUACCGGAUACUGCAACAACGGCCUGGUAAACGACGCCAGGAACUUGUUCGACGCAAUCCCCGAGAGAGAGAGAAACGACGUGUCGUACAGCGCAAUGAUAUCUGGCUACGUCAAGAACGGUUGUUUCCGCGAGGGGAUUCAACUUUUCCGUGAACUCAAAGACCGAAAUGUGAAGCCGAAUAACUCUCUUUUGGCGAGUGUUCUCAGCGCGUGUGCUUCCGUUGGCGCGUUUGAAGAAGGCAAGGGGAUACACUCUUACGUGGAUCAAAACAAAAGCCAAUGUUAUUAUGAACUUGAGCUCGGAACCGCGUUGAUUGAUUUCUACACCAAAUGCGGGUGCGUGGAACCUGCUCAGCGGGUGUUCGGUAACAUGAAAACCAAAGACGUAGCUGCGUGGAGCGCCAUGGUACUGGGCUUGGCUAUUAACGCCAAGAACCAGGAGGCCCUUGAGCUGUUUGAGGAGAUGGAGAAAGUGGGCCCAAGGCCCAACGCCGUUACUUUCAUCGGCGUUCUCACCGCGUGCAAUCACAAGGACCUGUUUGGAGAAGCACUUAAGUUGUUUGGAUACAUGAGUGAUAAAUAUGGGAUUGUGGCGUCGAUAGAGCACUAUGGGUGCGUGGUUGAUGUGUUGGCUCGGAGUGGGAAAAUAGAAGAGGCGUUGGAGUUUAUUAAGAGUAUGGAAGUGGAACCGGACGGAGUCAUAUGGGGGUCUUUGUUGAAUGGGUGUUUCUUGCAUAAUAAUAUUGAGUUGGGGCACAAAGUUGGAAAACAUCUGGUAGAGUUAGAGCCUGGGCAUGGUGGAAGGUACGUUCUUUUGUCGAACGUGUAUGCGACUAUGGGGAAGUGGGAGGCUGUUUUGGAGACCAGGAAAUUCAUGAAAGACAGAGGUGUGCCUGCUGUUUCUGGUUCGAGUUUCAUAGAGAUUCAUCAAACCGUACACAAGUUUCUUGUUCAUGAUAACAACCACCACUGUGGUUCGUAUCCGGCUGAAGUCUAUCGAGUGUUAAACCACCUUGGUAACAAACUUGAGGAUUAUUCUAAAUCACAUGAAAUUAUUGUUUUUUGAUAGUAAAACAUUGAGGACAUAAUUAUGCACGUUCAGAAAUUUCUUGUGGGAUUUUACAACAGAUAGGCUUUAUUUUUCUCCCACUAAUAGUUUCUUAAUUAAUGUAUUUUUUUAGUAUUUGAAUGGAUAUAAGACCUAAUGAACAUCA